AUGGUCAACCCCACUGUGUCCUUCAACAUCACUUUGGUUGGCAAGCCCUUGGGCCAUGUCUCCUUAGAGCUGUUUGCAGACAAAUUUCCAAAGACAGCAGAGAACUUUUGUGCUCUGAGCACUGAGGAGGAAGGAUUUGGUUUUAAAGGCUCCUGCUUUCACAGGAUUAUUCUGGGAUUUCUGUGCCAGUGUGGCGACUUCAUGUGCCAUAAUGGCAUUGAUGGCAAGUCCAUCUAUGGGGAGAAAAUUGAUGAUGAGAAUUUCUCCCUGAAGCAUAUGGGUCCUGGCAUCUUGUCCAUGGCAAAUUCUGGGCCCAGCACAACUGGCUCCCAGGUUUUCAUCUGCAUGGCCAACACUGAGUGGUUGGGUGGCAAGUACGUGGUCUUGGUGAAAGAGCACGAAUAUUUUGCAAGGCAUGGAGCGCUUUGA